AUGCUAUCUACGUCGCCGGGAAGCAUCUGGAUAGGGGAAGAUCCGAGCGCUUCCUCCAGUUCAGUCUCGUCUCACGACACUCUUCGUGCUCAGUUGGAAGAGCGCUCGUGCCGGCUCGGCUCCUCAUCGAGCUCCUCGCUUUCUUCAUCUGCCUCUCCGUCUUCACCACUGUCGCCAGUCGCCCAAGGCAGCAGCGGCCCAAAGAUUGGCGCGCAGCUUCUGCCAGCCUCUAGGAGACCCCGCAAGCUCGCUAGGCAUUCUCGGCCGUCUAGCGCAACAUCUGAAGCGUCUCAGACCUCGCUUGUGUCGCCAGACCAAGACGCCAUGACAUCCAGUGCCAGCAAGGAAAAUGCGACCCCAUCUACUAGCGGCUUGCAAUUGUUCAACUUGCCUCUCUUCGUCAGCCACGAGCCUGGCGUAAGCCGGCAGGAUCACCACCUCGCACCAGGUCUCGAGGAGGCAUCGAAGCGGAGUCCUCCCGCCAAGGCCCAGCGAGCCAGCAGCUUGCGCGAUUCUCCGCAUUCAUCUCACUCGCCCAAACUAGGCGGCGCCGCUCAAGUGUCUGCAGCGCGGAGUCGAUCGUUGCGUGUGGCUUUGCCAACCAGUUUGAGCGCGGAGCAUGCAAGCACGUUUGCUUCGCAGUACCAUAGUCCAGGAAGGUCAGAUAGAACCUUGCCGUACUCCAUUUCGCGCGAGAGCUCGGAGGAGAGCGAGGUGUCCUCAGGUGCAUACAAAGCUAGAGAACACAACAGCGACUGGUUGCAAAGCUCCAGGAGAUGGUCGUCCUCCAUCUCCCACUCUCGGUCUGCAAAGAUGUUCAAGCAAGCUGCUUCGCCUUAUCUCAGAGCAGGAUUGGAAGAGUUGAAGAGCAUCUUCGACGUCGACUCCGACCCUGUACCGUCCAGCCCAUUUGAGGAUGACGAUGAAGAGGAUACUGCGCACGAGAGCGACGCAGAAGAUGGUAGGAGUGGGGGCACCUUUUCGGAGAUUGAGAGCGGCGAAGGAGGUCGGAGAGAGGGCAGCUCAGCAUCCAGCGCAUCUAGAGCCAGUAAUUUGAGGAGACUCCUUAGAGGGACCUCCGCGACCGAGCGUCAGGGGAGCUCCGCCAGACGAAACGGAUCAAGGAGUCCCCGCUUCUCGCCAAGGGGCUUGAGCUCUCAUGUGGACAGCUCAAGCAUACUGCCGACUUCGAUUCACUCUACUGGAGGUCAAAGUGAACUCAAGAUCAGUGCAACCUCUUCGAGUCCCAGACAGCCAACCGCCCCUUUGCAACCUAAGCUUUUGCAGAGCUCCCGCCGUGAACCAGCCAUACCCGCGUCCUCUCUGGGUCUCACGGCCGGCGAGGAGGAAAGUAUGUCUCACAGUGCUGCCUCGCCGUAUACGACCUCGUCAGAGAAGGCCAACUUGAACUCACUUCCAGGCCGAGCUGCAGCAUCGGAUGAUGUCUUGCUAGCAAUUCCUCAUUCCGAGAAAAGCGCUAGGCCUUCAUUGCUUGACGAUCCCGAUGUUCGCGGGCGCCAAGUGGCAAUCGGUUUGGCCCUGAUAGCCAUCGGCAUGGUUUCUGCUUGUGCGUUCGGGGAGCGCUUCUACAACGAUACCUUCUCCGCUAGUCUCCUCAUCUUCUUCUUGGUGCAACCAGCAUUCGCGCUCCUGGGACUGGCGGCACUUCUGGCUCGAAGGCGAGCCGUCAUGGAUUUGUUCUCGAGAGCUAUGCGGGCGCAUGUGCUGCUCCAAGGCAUCAUUGCCCUGCUUGCCUUUUUGGAUCUGUCAGCCUCUGCGUCUUAUGUGCGAAAAGGUGCUUUUGGAGGAGCGCAUUUUUGGGUCAUGGAGCUCAUUCCUUCCAUGCAGUCGAGAUUUGGCCCUUGGUCCUCCAUCUGGGAUGCUAGCACCGCGCCGGCCGCAGCUUUACUCUCGGAGGCAGCGCACGCCUCACAGGGCGAAGCUCAAAUACACGCGCACGACACUUCCGUAGGCUCCCUUUCUUCCAGGUUUACCCAUUUCAUCAUCUUUCUGGCCCAAGCCGCUGUUCCAUUGGUCCUGGCGCUUUGGGCUCAAUUCCACUUGGCAAGAGCGCUAGGGCUUUUGGCCAGAUCUCCCACCCUCAGGCGAAGCGGAUCCGUUCGCGGACCCAGUCGACGCACCAGCAUCAAGCAAAGACCUUCUUCGCACGGGGGCAGGAGCAGAAGACAAGCGUCUCAUGUUGCUGAGGAUGCUACUCCUCCCGUGCCUGCGUUCGAUGCUACGGAGCUUGCUUCACGCCUGCACAGAAUCGAUGCAGCUGCCGCAUCAAAGAGCGGACGAGCUUCAAGUCUAGAAUACGGGCGAGGGGCCGGCGUACCUCAGUCUCGAGUCGGUCAGCAGACCCUGAUGGCAUCUGCUACUUUGCCAGCUAUGCCCAACGCUCGCUCUCAAAGGGUUUCCCUUUUGGCCUCUCCUGCCUUUGGGCAAGGCUUCACGUACGGGCUUGGACCAACUACUCCAGACCUGAGCCCAUGCGCGUCGGCGACGACAGCCAAGGAUGCUCAGCCCACUUCGCCACGCAGCCGAACCUGGUCUCACAGAAAUCUUUCGCCGUUGUCUGCUUCGCCGCACGCAGUGCCGGUUGGCGCGCCCGGGGUAGCUGUGUCACCGCAUCUCAAGACCGCCAAGGUUACCUACCAUGAUGGGGCGAUGGCGCCCAGAGCUGAGGAGGUUGGUCUUUCCACCAGCCCUCCCAAUAUGCAAGCCAUCUCUCGCACAGCACCCCACAGGAGGCGCCCAGACGAAGAGCGUCACCAUCGAUCCUUGUCCCAGCAAGUUGUGAUCUCCGACGGGACCAAAGCUCUACUCGGCAUGGCUCUAGGAGAGAGUCAGCACAGCAUGGCCAAUCCGUCAUCAAAUUCAGGCUUUGGUGUCAGCCCGUCGGAUGUCGCUCUCAAUGCUCAUCACUCGCCCUCCAGGCACAGCGAGACCCCGCACACCUAA